AUGCAACAAGAAGAAGACACUCGGAAGCCGACAUACCAUCAUCAAGACGUAUUUCCUGAUGAUAUCUUGUAUCAAAUAUUUUCCUAUUCAUUGCUUCCGAUCAUACAAUUUCAUUAUUCACUCGUUUGUAAGCAAUGGUAUCAUCUCACCAAUCAUGAAACAUUUUAUAGAAAUUAUUAUAACGAUGCCAUUCAUAACGGAUUGAAUAACUUUUUGAAUCCCACCCAUUCCGAUCGGAUGAAAUAUUUAUUUGAUUGGACUGAAUUUGUGAGUCAUCUUCAUCCAGAACACUAUGAAGCCUUACAACAAUUAAAGAAAAAUAUUCGUGUGGAGGAUGUGAGCGAAUGGUCAGAUUCUGAUUUGCAUUACGGUAUCCUGAAUUUUCAAACAAUCAUCAGGAGAAAGGAAAUCCAAGCGAAUUAUUAUUGA